AUGUGGGUUAUCUUUUGCGGUUCCAGUGUGAAAGAGGUUCACAUGUUGGAAGCUGCUCUCGUAAGCCUUUUUCACUCUUGCUCCGGGUGUCAAAACACCUCAGGAAGUGGAGGUGAAGGUGCCUUGAACAGGGCAUCUUCUGCCCCUUGCAGCCACGCAGUCGAGGUGGCCAAGGCCGCUGUUGAGGACUCAGGGAACGAGGUUGGUUCUUUACCGCCUGCUUUGAAAGAGUUUGCGGGGAUCCGUGAAAAGGAUGCAGAAGAAGCCUGUCAUAAACUCUUUAAGAAGUACGGAUUGACUGUCCCUGUCAAAAUAGACACCAUUGCUGCUGGAAACGCCGGGGAGCUCAAGAAUCUGCCUGUGGUCAAGAUUUCAUCCUGGGUGAAGUACCUUUUGGAUGCUGGAAAACUUGAGCAGCUGGUGGGUGUUCCCGAGCAGGAAAUGGAAUCAAGGCUGGAAGAGUUUUGGCUUCGCUACAGACAGCUUGAACCGGAGCAUCAAAUCUUCGUUUUGGCGGAGAAUGGGGCUCUGGAGCUGAAGAGAACAGUGCCGGUUUUCGCUCAUGUGGAUGAAGGCAGGACCUAUAAGAGCAAAGCGCUCUUAAUCCUCUCCGUUCACGGUUGUCUGGGAAAAGGCACACGUAGCUACAACAAGAGGCUUGUGCGCAAGCCUCACAUCAAGCGCGACCCAAUGGGGAUGAACUAUGUGGGUUCAACUUGGAGCACACAUUUUGCUUUUGGCAGCCUUUUGCGCAGCUACAUCAACGAGGAUGUUUCAUGUCUUGACAAGCUCAUGUCUGCUUUUGGGCAGGACAUGACCGAACUGGCUACGCACGGUGUUACGAGUGAGAACGGACAGAAAAGACUGUGGGUCCAAAUUCUGGGGAUCAAGGGCGACCUCCCGGCACUGGGAAAGAUUGGGAAUUUUGUCAGAAAUUACAGCAGGGUGCCAAAAAAACCGACAUCGAAGACGGCCUGCCCAGGCAUCUGUUGGUUGUGCAAAGGCGGACAGGAGCUGCCUGUCCACAUUCCUUUUGAAGAUUUCAGGCCUGCGGCCGCUUGGAAAGCAACAGCAUUUGCUGAGCGGCCUUGGGACGUGGAGCCGCCAGUCUUGGCGGCGAUUCCUGGCUUGCCAGACAAGCCUGAGGCUUUUUUUGUCACAGACUUUUGGCAUAAUUUCCACAAUGGAGUCGGAAAAUACUGGGUGGCGAAUGGCCUUUCAAUGUUCGUUUUUUCCAACGACUUUAUCCCAGCAAGAUCGAUCGAGUCCAAGCUUGAGUGGUUGUCAAGGGAUUUUGUGCGCUAUUGCCAGCGAGUGAAGAUCACGCCGUUUCUCAAAGAGUUUACACGGGACAACCUCAGCAUGGAUUCUUUCGAUUCCUAUCCGCAGGGUUUGUGGAGCAAGGCAGAGGUGACCACCCAGACCAUGCUCUACUUGCAGGACUUGUGUGAGCGGCUCGUUGCCCCGGGAACCGAGGAUAAAAUCCUUGCAGGUAUCGCAUCUCAAACUGCAAUUAUGCACAUCAUGUUAUUUUGGGUUCGAAAAGCACCUCGGUUUUGUACUCGAAAGAAACAAUCUAGAACAACUUAA